CUGCCUUAUCGAUUUGCCAUCAACUGCUGCCUGAGAAAGCUUUGCCGACACCGUAUCAAGGAACCAUCUACGACAAAGAACAUGGAAGGCAAGUUCAAGGCCAUAGACGCACAGAUAUAUACAUUGGUGGGACGCCGGACGUACCUCCGUAUAGAUCUCAACGUCCUUGACAAGAAUCUCGCCAUUCUCAGACGCCAGUGUUCACCACAGACAGACAUUAUAGCAGUGGUGAAAGGCAACGCUUACGGUCACGGCAGUGUGGAGAUAUCCAGAUAUCUGGAGUCCCGGGGGGUCGGGCAUUUCGCCGUCGCCAUCCCCGAGGAAGGCGCUCAGCUGAGGCAGGCAGGCAUAAAGGGACACAUACAGGUCUUCGGUAACGCUGUCGAGGAGGACAUCCCCAUCCUGGUGAAGUAUAGAUUGACACCGACGGUGGCAGAAUUAAAUUUCCUCCAGGAAUGGUCUCGGACUGUCACUUCUGCAAUGAACACCAGGAACGGGAGUCAGGCUAGGAAGAGACACCAGCUGGUGCUGAAGAUAGACACGGGGAUGUCCAGGAAUGGGUGUCAGACUCAGGACUUCCCCUCACUUAUACAGUAUUGCCUGGAGAAUGACCUGGAUGUCCACAGUGUGAUGACGCAUUUUAACCAGGGUUGGGACAAUCCAGACUUCACCAAGCACCAGUUCAAUACAUUCAUGUCCCUGACCGAACCUUACAGGAAGCAUGGCCUGAAACUGCACGUUGCCAGCUCGUCAGGGAUUGCACAUGGGUAUGGAACAGAUCUGGAUUUCAUCCGUUUUGGAACUCUGCUCUACGGUCUGCCUCCGGAUGGCAGCAUAGAGAAUACUGAGUUGGUGGAGUCCCAGGGCCUCAGACCCGUUCUCUCGUGGCGAGCCCGCCCCACCCUCAUCAAACAACUACCCCAGGGCAGGGUCGUCGGAUAUGACAACACAUACAUGACACACGGGAAGGAGACAAUAGCGACCUUCGGUCUUGGCUUUGGAGACGGCUUCAGCGUGCUCCACUCUGGGAAAUGUGUGGUUUCUCUGGAGAAAGAUGGUGUGCAAUGUCCAGUGGUAGGAAAAGUAUCCAUGGAUGCCAUCACGUCACGCUUGGAUGGGCCAAGACCUUCAUCCACGACGUUCAACAUCAUCGCAGACGAUUUCACCUCCCCCAACAGUGUGACUCAGAUGGCCGCCAAACUCCGCACCGUUACAGGCCAGGUGACAGCAAAUCUAGCUGCCAGACUACCACGGGUCUUUGUAUUUGACGGGCUUAUUGCAGCUGUUACGAAGUUGUAGAUCACAGAUUCUUUAUGAAACCUGCCAGAUGUCCAUCGUCUCAUGCAUCUCAGCAAGGAGGGUCAACCUAUUUGUUAAACGUUUUUCUUUACUUGUGAGCAGCAGAGUCUCUGCACCUGUACACAGCAGACGUAAUUCAAAAUUAACAUGUUUCAACAAAAUCAGUAAACGUGCUAUCCCGUCACUGAGUUGCCUUGUCAAUCACUUGAUUGUCAGGUCAUGGCUCGAUUGUUUACAGUCCGCAGUCAUA